CUGAUCUGAGUGAGAACAAGCAUAUUACAAUAACCACAGACCAAGUGAGACGUUGAAACGUAAGCGCCUCGAUUAUGGUAUUAAAAGCUUUUACUUUUUUAAUUAUAGUCUGGAACUCAUCCAUUUUCACUUCUGCAAACAAUAUUUAUCAACUUCAUUUUUUGCUGGGGUGUCGAGCGGAAAUACCAUGCCAACAUAAGAAAAGUGACUCAAACUCUUUCAAAUGGUUUUACAAGAAGGACGAACACAGUAAAUGUAUUCAGAUAUUUUUUGAAGACAAGCACGGACUGAAGCACCAUAAUCCCUCUCAUCCUUCGGGAAGCAUCACACAUGAUCGUUCUUUUGUUAUCAAUGAAUUCACGGAGGACGAUCAGGGCCUCUACAGGUGUGACAGUUGUUACAACAAGAACUGCAAGACUGGACAGUUCAUCAGAGUAAUAAAAGCAAAUUUGAGUGAAACUCAUGAGACAGUUUACGUGACUGCAGGCAGUAGUUUUACAUAUUCAUGUCCAGGUGGAUUUGACAACUAUAAUGGGACUUUUCAUACCAGUUAUACAAGUGCUCUUGGCGCCACUGCAGUGAGUCCGGAAACAGAUUAUUUGACUUUCAGCGGACCUAUACAGAUUGAAAAUGUCAGAAGAGCAGAUGCAGGGAAAUAUACUUUCUGGGUAAAUAAAUGCAAUGGACUCAAACUGAAGAUAUGCACUCUCAACUUGUGUGUAAUCACAGUACAUCACAGUGGGAACUCAUCUGUUUCUUGCGAUGUGAUGUGUCAGGUUGAAUAUAGUUACAUCAGAGCAGACAACGCAUCAACUAAUUUGACAGGCACACAAACUAUACCUGUGCAUGUGAAUCCACACGGGCCUUUGAAUUGUAGCACACAGCGGAUGAUGCUUCAUGAUACUUACACUACAGUUAAAACUCACGCAAAAUCAAAUGCUUCAGUCAAAACCACAGGUACAAAUACACAGCAUGAGUCUCUGACAGCAAUUAUUUAUGGAACAUCAGCAACUAUUACAAGUCUAAUUUUACUGGCCCUUUUUAUUUGCUACUUCAGACUAAGAGUGCGAGCAGGUAUUUCUGAUCAUUCUACGGGCUCUGACAAUAAUGACAUGGUGGAAGAAGAGACUUCAAUAGUUUAUUCAUUAGUUGCUUUCACAACACCUGCCAAGACGACAAACAGUAACUUGGGUUCCAAUGACUGUGUUUAUAGUGAAAUAAGAGUAUAAACAUUUCAGCCUUAAAAGAUGCAGUCCAUUAAGAGCACUGUUAUAUUGGAAAAUGUCAUCUUGAUUGGUAUUAUAAAAUAAUAGUGGUAAAGUGAAAGUACUCUAAAUAAAGGUAAUUGAUUUGUUUA